AUGGCUAGCCGAACUCACACCCUGGAUUCCCAAACAUCGGCACCUUUUACAUCGAGUUUGAACAAUAGCCAAACAAGUUUGAACCAUCAAGACGGUCAAGAUGGCGGAUCCGACCGGCCACCAACAUCUUCAACUCGGACGCCCGGCAUGUCUCAGUCUCCAGCUAUGCUCGCAGGACUUGCAACACCGACAAGUUCAACGGCAGGACUGUCGGGUUUAGUCUGCAAUGUACACCGUACAACUGGAAGAGAACCGCAUCCCCUCGUGGGCGCCACUACUACCAUACUAGGCGACAAAUUAUAUGUUUUUGGCGGCCGCCGACUCUCCCGGACGAGACCGCAGCUUACGUCGGACUUGUACGAACUCGAUCUCGUCAAGCGCCACUGGACAAAGGUCGAUGCAAAAGGUGAUAUUCCGCCCCCUCGGUAUUUCCACAGCGUCUGCCCACUUGGUGACACGAAACUCGUCUGUUAUGGAGGCAUGUCACCUGUAAGUCCGUCUUCUAACCAAGCAACUUCUGUGAUACAAGGUGCUCCUGCCGAUGCUCAACCUGAAGUGGUGGUCAUGUCCGAUGUCCACAUCUACGAUGCGCUUACAAGAGAGUGGAUGCAUGUCGCCACAACCGAUCCACCCCAAGGUCGUUAUGCACAUUGCGCAACCAUACUCCCAAGCUCUGCCGUUUUCAGUUCGACAUCAGCCGCUGUAACAGCCAUACGGCACAACCCACCUUCAUCGAAUCCGAACCAGGGUUCUCUUGGCGUACAGUUGGACGGCGAGGGUGGCGCGGAAAUGCUCGUCGUGGGCGGGCAGGAUAGUGCCAACCACUACAUUGAGCAGAUUAGCGUUUUCAAUCUCCGGAGCCUCAAAUGGACGGAAACGAGCACAUUAGGCAGAAGUUGCGGCGCUUAUCGAAGCGUGGUUGCGCCUCUCACCAGUAUCGACCCCAGCGAUAUUGGCGGAGGAACACGGCAAGCUGGCGAAGCAAGAGCACCCGAAGAGCGGAUCUCCAACAAGACUGGCGAGUCAUCAAUGCUCAUAUAUUCCAACUACAAUUUCCUAGACGUCAAGCUCGAAUUACAAGUACGGCAUCCCGAUGGAACCCUGUCCGAGAAGCCAAUGCACGGCAAUUUCUCACCACCAGGCCUCCGAUUUCCAAACGGCGGUGUCAUAAACAACCACUUUGUAGUAAGCGGUACAUUUUUGACCUCCUCAAAACAAGAAUAUGCUUUAUGGGCUCUCGACUUGCGAACACUAAGUUGGGGCCGCAUCGAAGCUGGUGGUAACAUCUUCAGCCAGGGUAGCUGGAACAGAGGAGUGUUGUGGAACCGUCGAAAUAGCUUCGUUAUUCUUGGAAAUCGCAAGAGAAGUCUGGUUGAAGACUACAAUCAUCGGCGCAUCAAUUUCUCGAACAUGUGCGUGGUUGAACUAGAGGCAUUUGGACUCUACGAUAAUCCACGCAAAGUAACACCAGCAUCGGGAUUCAGCUCUAUAAGCGCACCGCCCCAGCACGAUCGACUUGAUAUGCUUGCAGGUGGUCGCACGUUAUUACCCGCGGCCACCGAGCUAGGUCAGCUGGCUUUAGGCAUGCGAGAACUUGCGGACAUGGAUUUCCUAGCCUUACACGGCGAGCGCAUCCCCGUUAACUCUCACAUUAUUGCUCGACGCUGGGGCCCCUAUUUCAAUCAGCUGCUCCGCGAGAGUGCCCAAAGCGCGGAGAAAGAAAAUGCUGAGGCAGCGACUCUACGACCUACUGCCACAAUGCAUCCAUCAAGGAACUCGAGCAUCACCAUUACACCUUCUAUCAGGACAACUUACUCAACCGCAACAACACUCACCGCCAACACUAUAACGCCAUCCGAGGCCACAGCCGUAUCAGCGAACUCCUAUUCCUCACUGAGCCCCCCAGAACCUUCAUCGCACUCGCCAUCGCAACGGCCUCGAACAUUAUUCCUCCCACACACACAUCUUACACUUCAAGCCCUUAUACAUUUCCUAUACACAUCAUCACUACCACCACAUAACUCACCCCUAUGCUCACCGCAGAUUCUUUGUUCUCUACUUCAGCUGGCGCGACCAUACCACAUCGACGGCUUACUGGAAGCGAUCAUCGAGAGACUUCACAUCUUAUUAGACAACAGAAACACUGCGGCAAUCUUCAACGCUGCAGCCAUGGCGGCUGGCGGCGGCUCCGGUAUCGCGUUCAAGGGUGUCAACGGCGUGUCAGGCACGAACGGAACAACGAAUGGCUUCUCAACCUCUGUUUCAAGCAACAAUACUACAGUUGCCGACGUAGAACGGAGCCUGGAUGCUGGCCUUCGCGCACUCCGCGUCAACACUGAUGUAGAUCGGAAUCACGAUGACGAAGUCAGCUCAGCGGCGUCUGAAGCAACAUCAGCUUCAGCAUCUGAUAGCGGAUUUGGAGAUGGAAGUGGCAUCGAAGACCGAGAGACAUGGAAUGGGGAGAUGAGUGCAGUAGUUGGGCUACAAAAGCGAGGACUGAGGGGCCUUAUGGAGGGCCGCAGAAUCAGGGAAAUGGGUAGAGGAAGAGACAGAAGCAGAGACGAUGGUGCCAUGGGCAACGGAGAUGGAGUAGGCCUUGGCUUGCAGGGCGCUUGA